GGUAGCGGAACCAAACUGCGGAACCCGGACGCUUUCCAAGUCAACACCUACUGUUGUGUUCUUCUGAUUAUCGAACCAGGAAGAUGGAUUUGCUGUCGAGCAAAUGGCUCGUUAAUUUGCUAGUUUGUUGGUUUUUCAUCGGUGUCGGCUGUAAUUCGGUGGAAAAGAAGAUUUAUGUGAAUCUCAAUUACACUAUCCCGUGUGUGCGGCUGCUCAAUGCAACACAUCAAAUAGGAUGCCAGUCCCAUUUGUCAGGUAAUGUGGGCGUGCUCCAUGUGCUCGAGUCGGAGGAAAACCUGGACUGGGUCCUGCGCUCUGGUCUCAAUCCUCCAUACCUGGUAAUCCUGGAGUCUCCUCUGUUUACCAGGUCCAUCAUGAUGAAGUUGAAGAACGGCUCCAGCAGGGUGGCGGGCGUCGCUGUUGUGGCGGCAAACACAAACCCUUCCGAUGGCUUCUCUCCACACACCAACUGUCCCAACGAGAACACGGGCGUGUACACAGAGAGCUACGAUCCAGCCAUGGCCCAUUGUAACGUGACAGUGUGGAACCCUUUGGGAAACGGUUUGUCCUACGAGGAGUUCGACUUCCCCAUCUUCUCUAUGAAGGACGACAAUGACACUCAGGUCAUACGUCAGUGCUACAUGGACCAUAACCGCGCUGUGAACGGCAGCACUCCUCAGUACCCGCUGUGCGCCAUGCAGCUCUUCUCCCACAUGUCCGCCGUCACCGACACGGCCACCUGCAUGAGGAGAAAUGACAUCGCCUUUAGCCUGAGCCCAGAGAUGGUUUGUGACCCCUUGAGUGACUAUAAUGUCUGGGCCUCCACUAAGCCUCUCAACAACACAGCCAAGGGCCACAAGGUGGGGGAGCACGUGGUCGUAGCAGCAGCACGGUUGGACAGCAGGUCUUUCUUCUUUGGCAUCGCUCCGGGAGCUCAGAGCGGCGUCUCUGGGUUUGUCGCUCUGCUGGCGGCCGCUCACGCUCUGCGGAAUGCCACCCAGGAGGCUCCGCCUCCACACAACAUCCUCUACGCCUUCUUUCAAGGGGAAACCUUUGACUACAUCGGCAGUUCGAGGAUGGUGUAUGAUAUGCAGAACAAUCACUUUGCUGUGGACCUGGACAACAUUCACUCAGUACUGGAGGUUGGACAGGUUGGACUGCGUGCUGAGUCCAAACUGUGGCUUCACUCCGACCCGGUGUCCAGGAAGAACAGCAGUGUCGAUGAAGAGGUGAAGAAGCUCAUCCAACGCCUGCAGUCGGCCGCCACAGACCUAAACGUCUCAGCGGAGGAGCCGAAUGUCUCUCAGCCGCUCCCGCCCUCCUCCUUCCAGCGCUUCCUGCGAGCUCGACCAAUCCCUGGAGUCGUUAUCGAAGAUCAUCAGUCUGCUUUCACCAACAGGUUCUACGAGAGUAUGUACGAUAACGCCGAGCACCUGAACAUAUCUUACCCAUCCAACCUGACGCUAGAGGAGCAGCUUGAGUUCGUCACUGACACUGCCAUGGCUCUGACUGAGGUGGCCACCAUGGUUGCCCGGACUCUGUACGCACAGGCAGGAGGAGCAGAAAGCCAGCGCAACAACAUCAACGCAGACCGUCAAAUAGUGACCCGGAUGCUGUACGGUUUCCUCGUCCGUUCCAAUAACUCCUGGUUCCAGCAGCUGAUCCCCUCUGACCUCAUGAGCCACCUGACUGACAGGCCCACAAACUUCUACAUCGGCGUGGACCUGCAGUCCAGCAAGUCGACCUUUCUGGUCCAGUACCUGCUGGCUAACCUGACGGGAAGCACCGUCAACGUCACACAGGAAAACUGCCAGAACCAGAGAGAGAGUGAGGAGGACAAAGAGAACAAACAUAUGUACUACUACUUGUGGGCUCAAGGCGCGGCGCCUCCCAACAGCACAGAGCGGGAGGGUUUCUGCAUGCGCUCCACGGCCCGCCUCUCCAAAGCGCUGUCCCCAGCCUUCGACCUUCGGGAGUACACCUCCAAAGACUAUUCAACGUGGACAGAGUCUCGGUGGAAGUCCAUCAAAGGACGCAUAUUCCUGGUGGCGAGUCACGAACUGGAGAUGGUGACGCUGGGCGUGGGCGUCGGCGUGCUGCUAACAUCUCUGCUGCUGACGUACUUCAUGAGCUCGAAGGCCGACAUACUCUUCAGCUCGGGGAGGGAGCCCGCCAACGCCACUUACUGAUCCAGACUGAGGCGACGCCGGCCCACGACCACUACUACUACAACUACUACUUCUAUCCCAACCAGACAUGGACAGACAAACCACGAGUAGGUACACAGGUUAGAAACGGCAGCGGCAGAGGUUUUUUUCUUUCUUUUCUUUUUUUAAAAAGACGACGACUCCAUGUUUAUGGACUCACUGAGGUGAGGCGUGACACGAGGACUGGACUGGACCGGACUGGAUUGGCCUGGAUGGAUCUGGACUCAUCAGGGUCAGAAGACACUGCUCAGGCCCUGUCAGUGGAAAAGAUGUUUAUAUUUCUUUAGUUUUUUUUUCUCUUAUUGUCACAGAAUGUUUUGUUCAUGGUGUCUCGGGAUAGGCACUAAACAUCGAGCAUUAUUUUGGAGUGUUUCUGAUUGUGAAUAUGUAAAUGUGACUGAGUGUGUGUCAACUGACUGUGUGUACGGACUAUUAUGAGCGCGUGUUUGUGUCUGAACUUUGUAUGAGGAAUGCGACGGUAUGUGCAAUACUGCCUCUGUCUUCUCUGUCAAUGUAGUUAACUUAUCAAUCAGUUCUGAGAUGAAGAAACCACUUUUUUGAGUCCGUGAACAAGUAGUUAAAUUUAGGGUUUUGCAAAAUCUGGACAUGUGCAGUGAAGUAUUUUGAUAAGUUUUAGGUUCUGGGAUGUUGACAACAAUCCUGAAUAUUUAUAUUGUUCACUCCCAGUACACAUACACCUACACCUGUAUGUAGUUGCAGACCCACUGCAAUUUCACAUGUUGUGAUAUUUGUGUGGAGAAGAAGAAUUUCCCCGCAGCCCCGGCGUGGCUGACAAACACUUUAUUUCAUAUCGAUCAGCUGCCAAAAAGAACCACGUCAAAUCCGGUCCAAACAUCUUGUGUUUCGACACUAAAGAUGCGCUGGUGCUCUGGCUGUGCACUCUUUUUGGUUCAAAACCUUCUUCACAAGAUUUCUGUUCAUGGUAACUUUAGUUUAAAAAGUACAGUUUAAGUGUGUCAACGCUCAAAAAAGGUUUUGAAAUUCUGUUGUAAUUGUAAUGGAUGGAAUCGAUGACCAGUUGUGAUGCCUUGAUGAAGAAAUAAACACAUUGCUUCUUCUCAA